AUGUCUCAGUCACCGGGAGGACGGGAAGGCAUAUAUUACAGCAGGCAGAGGAAGCCUUCUGAGCGCAGUGGCCAUGUAUUUACACCCAUAGCUGCAAUGUAUUCCGGUGGUCAUGCACUUCCUGAUGCAGAUAGGAGCCCCAAUUUGGUAUUUGGUAGUAUGAAGAAGGAUUGGGACAACAUUCGUCACCGCAAGCUUCAAUUGGUCAACUUCCUUGCUGGUCUGGAAAGUGCCUCUGGAAAUUCUGUGCUAGCUGGCAAAAUCAUGGAGCCAACUGAACAAAAAGAAAAGGGUGACAUAAUAGUUCUUGAUUCAGAUGAUGAGGAUGGAAACGGUUCAGAAUACAAUAAGUUGGCAUCUGGGGUGAACAAAGAACUCAGAACAUCUGAAGUGGCUAGUAAUGUCACAGAAAGGAUGGCGUCUAAUAAGAGCCAAGCAUUUGAAACUAUGCAUGCUUAUGGAGACAAGAACACGCAGAUUGUUCUAUAUGGUCAAGGUUCUGCUUCGCAGAUUGUUCCAUAUGGUCAAGGUUCUGCUUUAGUGAAUCAGUUUCCUUUGCAAACCAGUUGGCAACCAUCUAUUCAGUUUGAGAGAGUUGUGUUGCAAAAAAGGCCUGAGGAGCAGCGAAUGCAAGAUCUUGUGGCUGCUAGCAUAGCUGAGAAGAGAGCAGAAACACAAAUGUUCCUUUCACUUCCUACGGAGAAAAAGCGAAGGAGAUCAGACCUCAGUUUGCUGAUGCUCGACUCAUUUGUCCCUAAACAAAGAAGAAAAGGUGACACAGAUCUAGCAGCAGCUGAUUUGUCAUUGGAUUUACAACAACCUGCUACAUCACCAGAACCUGAACCUGACAUGGCUAUAGAGGAAGAAGAGAAACAUAAAAACGAAAGUGAUGGUCUUGAGGAUUAUUGGAAAGAUUUUGCAUUGGCUGUUGAAAGCACAAAGCUUGACGAAGUUGAUGAGGCGGCAAAUGAAAAGGAAGAUGAUGGAAAGAUGGAGGACAUCGACUGCAAUCAUGACAUUCGGAUUCAUGAAGAUUUGGGCCAUGUGUGCCGUGUGUGUGGUAUGAUUGUGAGAAGAGCUGAUUCAAUAAUUGAUUAUCAGUGGAAAAAGGCUUCAAGGAGGAAAACGAAUAUCUAUGGAGGACAUUCAAAGGAUGCUGAUGAGAUAGACUGUGGUACUGUUAAACUGUCUGAAGAUUUCAUAAUCGCAGAUGUUGCUAUUCAUCCUAGACAUGCUCAGACAAUGAAACCACAUCAGUUGGAAGGUUUCAACUUUUUGGUUAAGAAUUUGAUUGGAGACAAGCCUGGAGGUUGCAUCCUUGCACAUGCCCCAGGUUCAGGGAAAACAUUUAUGCUUAUAAGCUUCAUUCAGAGCUUCAUGGCAAGGUAUCCAUCUGCAAGGCCCCUUGUUGUGCUGCCCAAAGGGAUACUAGGUACAUGGAAGAAAGAAAUUCAAAGAUGGCAAGUGCAGGAUAUACCAUUGUAUGAUUUCUACUCUGUUAAGGCUGAAAAAAGAGUAGAACAGUUGCAAAUCCUCAAAUCUUGGGAAGACAAGAUGAGUAUACUGUUUCUUGGAUACAAGCAGUUCGCCACAAUCGUCACUGAUGAUGGGGGCAGCAACGUCACAGCUGCAUGUCGGGACAGGCUGCUUAAGGUUCCCAACCUUCUGAUACUUGACGAGGGUCAUACACCUAGGAAUCGGGAGACUGAUGUACUAGAAUCGCUAAAUAGAGUGGAAACACCACGCAAAGUGGUUCUUUCAGGUACACUUUUCCAGAAUCACGUUGAGGAGGUGUUCAAUAUCUUGAAUCUUGUUCGCCCGAAGUUUCUCAGGAUGGAAUCAUCCCGCCCUGUUGCCAGACGUAUAAUGAGUCAAGUCGAAAUAUCUGGUAGAGGUUCAAAAGGGUUUGCUGAUAGCGCAUUCACUGAGGCAGUUGAAGGAACCUUGUUGAAUGAUGAAAACUUCAAGAGAAAAGCACAUGUUAUUAGAGGUCUUAGAGAACUAACAAAGGAUGUGCUUCACUAUUACAAGGGUGAUAUCUUAGACGAACUGCCUGGCUUAGUAGACUUCAGCGUGUUUUUGAAGCUCACACCCAAGCAGAAAGACAUUAUUCGCAACAAGUUGGAAACUCAUGACAGAUUCAAAAGAAGUGCAGUAGGGAGUGCAUUGUACAUUCAUCCUUGUCUUUCACAACUUUCAGAGGUUAAUGCUGAGAACAGGGCUAACAUCUUGAGAGAUGAUUUAGUUGAUAGUCUGCUGGAUUCUAUCAAUGUGAAAGAUGGUGUGAAGGCCAAUUUUUUCAUGAAUAUCCUGUCACUUGCUAAUUCUGCAGGAGAGAAAGUACUUGCUUUCAGUCAGUAUAUCCUUCCCAUGAAAUUUUUUGAAAGGCUGCUGGUUAAGAUGAAGGGCUGGCAUGUGGGGAAAGAGAUUUUUAUGAUCUCUGGUGAUACUAGUCAAGAAGACAGAGAAGUGGCAGUGGACCAUUUUAACAACUCUGCCGAUGCAAAAGUUCUGUUUGGUUCUAUCAAGGCAUGUGGAGAAGGCAUCUCCCUCGUUGGUGCAUCGAGAGUUAUCAUUCUAGAUGUACACCUGAACCCAUCUGUCACCCGUCAGGCGAUUGGGCGUGCAUUCAGGCCUGGACAGCAGAAGAAGGUGUUUGUAUACAGACUUGUAGCUGCCGAUUCUGACGAGGAAAAGGUCCAUGAGACAGCAUUCAAGAAAGAAGUCAUACCGAAGCUGUGGUUUGAAUGGAGUGAGCACUGUACUACGGAAGACUUCAAGCUUGGUCAAGUUGAUAUUGAUGACUCUGGGGACGAACUAUUGGACACUAAAGCAAUCCGCCAGGAUAUCAAAGCUCUGUAUGGAAGGUGA